AUGUCAGAAAACGAUGGAAAAAAUAAAAAAGACAAGAAGAAAAAGGGGAAAGCAAAGGUUAAAGUUUUCGAAAAGAAGCCCAAAAAGGGCGAUUCCGAACAAACUUUAAUCGAAAAGUUACAGGCACGAUAUGAAACAAUUGACACCAGUUCAGUGACGAAAUUUAGUGAAUUACCCAUUUCGCCAAGGACUAUAAAGGGUUUAAGGGAAUGUGGUUAUACAAAACCUACAGAAAUUCAGAAAGCUACCAUUGGUUUAGCUUUACAAGGGAAAGAUAUCUUAGGAGCUGCACAGACUGGAUCAGGGAAAACUCUGGCAUUUAUUAUACCAAUAUUGGAAAAACUGUUUUCCAAACAAUGGACACACUUGGAUGGUUUGGGGGCUUUAGUUAUAACCCCAACAAGAGAGUUAGCCUAUCAAAUAUUUGAAACAUUGAGAAAAGUGGGGGAGCAUCAUGAUUUUUCAGCUGGAUUGAUUAUAGGGGGUAAAGACCUUAAAUUUGAAAGAAACAGAAUGGACCAGUGUAAUAUUAUUAUUUGCACUCCCGGUCGAUUGUUGCAACAUAUGGACGAAAAUCCUUUGUUUGACUGCGUAAACAUGAAGAUAUUAGUUUUGGAUGAGGCUGAUCGUUGCCUGGACAUGGGUUUCGAGCAAACUAUGAACGCCAUCAUAGCAAACAUACCCUUGGAACGACAAACCUUACUAUUUUCCGCCACACAGACCAAGUCGGUUAAAGAUUUGGCCAGGUUGAGUCUCGUAGAUCCUUCUUAUGUAUCGGUGCACGAAAACUCGGAAUUUGGAACGCCAAAAGAGCUUCAACAAAGUUAUGUGGUUUGCGAGUUGAAAGACAAGAUUUCCAUUUUGUGGAGUUUUAUCAAGAAUCACUUGAAACAGAAGAUUAUCAUAUUUUUUUCCAGUUGCAAGCAAGUUAAAUAUGUCUAUGAGAUAUUUUGCAAACUAAGGCCCGGUACUAGUCUUCUUCCUCUCUACGGCACUCUGCAUCAGCUGCGCAGGAUGGACAUAUACGAAAACUUUUGCAAAAAAUCGUCGGCCGUUUUGUUUGCCACCGAUCUAGCGGCCCGUGGUUUGGACUUCCCGGAGGUUCAUUGGGUGGUUCAGGCGGACUGUCCCGAGGAUUCGGCCACUUACAUUCACAGAGUGGGCAGGACCGCCAGGUACCAUAGAGGGGGGGAGAGUUUGCUCUUGCUUUUGGAGAGCGAGGUCAAAAUGGUGGAGAGGUUGCAGGAAAAGAAGAUUCCCGUUAAUAAAAUAGAAAUAAACCCAAUGAAACUCAACAACCCGGUCCGCAAAAUGGAGGCCUUCCUAGCCAAAGACCCGACUCUCAAAGACACCGCGCAACGCGCGUUCGUUUCCUACGCGAAAGCGGUGUUUCUCAUGAAAGACAAGGACAUUUUCAACGUGCAAUCGCUGGAAACGGACUCCUUCGCCAACUCCUUGGGUCUCGCCAUCCCGCCCAGGAUAAGAUUUCUGCAGAGGAUGAACGCCAGAAAGGCGGAAGGACCGAAAGUCAGCAAACUUGUGGCUACCAAUAAUAAAAGCAACAAUAAGAAGUACUUCAAUACGGAGAGUGAUAAUGAAGAUGAGGAUGUAAAGAAAGCUGAAGAUAAUGUUAGUGUUAAGUUUGGUAAAGAUGACGAUGAAGACAGCGGUGUUAGUGACGAUGAAGAUGAAGAUGCCAAUAAAUCGACGCCCUUCCAAUUACCCGACGAUGACAGCAGCGACGAAGAAAACAUGCUCCAAGUAAAACGCAUGGAUCACGAUAUAGAGGUGCUGAACGAAGACGAAAUAGAAGCGAUGUCCCUGGGAAGAAACAGCAAGAAGAAACCGAUCACCAAAGCAGCUUUGGCGAAGAAACUGCUGAAGAAGAAAAUCGUACCGAACAAAAAAAUUACCUUUGACGAUGAAGGUGACGCGGUGAUAUCCGGGACGAAAGAUAAGAAAUCGGAGCUGGCUCAGGAGUACGAGAAUGAAGAUGAAGGGGGGAUAGACAUAGAGAGAGCCAGAUUGAUCCUCAGAGAGGAGGACAAGUUCGAUAAGCAGCUGUUCAAGCAGAAGGUGAAGGCGAAACACAAGGAGGAGAGGAGGAAGCUGAAGGAGCAGAAGAAGCAGGAGCAGCAGGAGAGGGAUGAUUUUGGGGAGAGCGACGAGAGCGAUGAAGCUCCGGAUUUAUCGUGGAUGCCGGAUCCAGACGAGAUUUACGGGAAGAAGGAUUCCGAUGAGGAGGAACAGGAGUUUUAUAAGCCCAGUGACGAUGAGACGGUGGAGGUUAAGAAGAAAGAAAAGUCCAAAAAGAGGAAACAAAAACAAACAAUAGACAACCUAGAAACAGUCCUAAAGAAGAAGAAGAAACAAAAAAUAGACAAAGUAACCUCAUCACUUAGCGUUAAUGAGGCAGAAGAACUAGCCUUAAUGUUGUUAAAAAAUAAAUAACCUGAAAAUAUUUAACAUUUUUUUAUUAAACAA